ACUAGUGAGACACGUCGCAGUGACUCCGACGAUAAUAAUAUUAUAAAAAACUCAAUUCAACUGAAAACAUACAAAUCAUUCAGGAACAAAUUAAAAGAAUUAAUAAUUACACGUGAAAAAACUGCUAUUUGUUGGCGUUUACGACGGAUCAACAAUCCGCUGUUUCAACAGAAAUGAAUUCUGCAAAAAUUAAAGUCAACAACGUCGAUAUUAAUUAUUUUAAAGUCGGAAAUGGACCACAGAAACUGUUGAUAUUUCCAGGAGCACUAGGUCAAGUCAGUGAUUUUACACCGCUUACGGAAAAUCUCGACCAAGCAAAAUACACUAUAUAUGUAUGGGAUCCCCCGGGUUACGGUUCGAGUCGACCGCCGAACAGAGAUUUUUCACCGGGAUUUCUGUACCGGGACGCCGACUGCGCAAUCGCACUCAUGGAGGCGUUGGGCGUCGACAGGUACUCGAUGUUGGGCUGGUGCAACGGCGGGUGCACCGCGCUGAUCGCAGCUUCCAGAGCCGCCGACCGAGUGGACAAGCUGGUGGUGUGGAGCUGCAACGCGUACGUCACCGGCAAAGAUCUCGAGUCUUACGAGACGACUCGCGACGUGCACAGCUGGCCAGAUCAGUGGAGACUGCCGCAGUUCGAAUUGUACGGCGAGAGGUACGUGUCGGACACGUGGUCCGGGUGGAUAGACGCGUCCCGGACGAUUCUCGACGAGGGUGGUGGCGACGUGUGUAAGGGCGCUCUGGCACAGAUCGACGCGCCCACGCUCAUCCUUCACGGGGCACAGGACGUCUUAGUGGCGGUCGAACACGCCUUGUAUCUGCAUGAGAACAUCAAGAGCUCGACACUUGAAAUAUUUCCAAAUGGCAAGCAUAUCAUACAUUUUAUGUUCCCAGAAAAAUUCAUUUCGAUGGUGGAUAACUUUCUUACUUCUAUACAGUAAUAAAUUAGUUGCUCCUUAUUAUUUUAUACUUGUAUCAUUAAUUUAUAUUAAAUAUUUAUUAAUACAUAUUAUUUUACACUACAACCUAAGUAACCUAACACUUAUUGAAAAAUAACA